GAGUACGGUCGAAGCCUGGCACGCGAUUGGCUGUCAGUUCAAAAUGUUGGUUAUUACGGCUGAUGCAGUGCCGAUAUUGUUGUGACGUUAAGCGAUUUUUCCUCGCACUGUGUGCAGAAACAUUCGAGAAAACGUAGUGUAGCCGUAUCUAGCAAGACCCGGCCGAGAUCGCACUCCGAGUUCUCUGAGGCGAUUAUGGCUGCCGCUGUGAGCUCUAAUGUGGAAAAUUUGUCACCGCAAAUUAUCCGCCGGGUGGCCAAGGAGAUGACAGAACUGGCCACGCAGCCACCUGAAGGUAUCCGUGUAAUUCUAAACGAAGCGGACAUCACUGACAUUCAAGCUGUCAUCGAAGGUCCAUCUAGUACUCCAUAUGCCAGUGGUUUCUUUAGAGUUAAAUUAGUUCUUGGAAAGGAUUUUCCACAAGGACCACCAAAAGCUUACUUCCUCACAAAGAUUUUUCAUCCUAAUGUAGCAAAAAAUGGCGAGAUAUGUGUUAACACUUUAAAAAAGGAUUGGAAACCAGAUCUUGGAAUACAACAUAUAUUAUUGACUGUAAAAUGUCUACUAAUAGUGCCAAAUCCUGAAUCUGCUUUGAAUGAGGAGGCUGGCAAAUUACUUUUAGAAAGUCACGAUGAAUAUUCAGAACGAGCAAAAAUGAUGACGGAAAUACAUGCACAGGGGGGCGGUAAAGGUAGCAAGACUGUUCUGGAAAGUUGUGCCUCUUCAGAAGGAGGAGGACCUCUUCCGAAAAAGCACGCAAGUGAUAAGAAACUAACAGCCGAAAAGAAAAAAAUGUUAAAAGAUAAAAAGAGAACACUGAAAAGGUUAUAAGGAAAAUCGAUAUUAUUUGUCUUUUGUAAUUUAAAACAAUGGUGUGGUAAUGUUGCCUCGUAUUGUAUACAAUUAUUAUUGCAUAGUAAAAUUUUAUUAUCUAAA